AUGCGAAAAAGAAGAGAUUUUAAGGUAAAAGGGAUUCAAAAUGGAAGUCAAGUAGGAAACGUCCGCUUGAAACUCACAAAGGAUUCCAUGCCACCGUGCAAGGAGAGCAGGGUCUCCAUUACUGCUGGUGACUUCAAGCCAUCACCUCCAAAGGAGCCCUCAAGACGGACAGCCCCCGAUCCCAAGUUCCAUAAGGUUAAGAUGCUGGAACAGCCUCCACCUAGAAAUGCCUCCCUUUUAAAGGCAUUUAAAUUGGUUUCUAGCGACGAAGGGCGUCAGAAGAUUGAAGGCCUUAAUAUCAUUCAAAACCUCUCAGUAACAAAACCACAGCUGCUAAAUGCUAAUCUAAAGGAUAUCAAAGAAGCUGUGAAUAAGGAGGUAUCAGGUAUAAGGCUGGAUGUCUCUGUGGCUGCAAUUAACUGCAUGGAGAGCUUGUUCUGUCAGCUGAAAAGCAGCACGUUAGAUGACCAGGAUGAGUGCCUCUUGGGCCUGCUUCAGUGAGUGUGAGUUAAUGUGUUUGCAUGGAUCAGAGAAUCUGUAUAUGGGUCAAUGAGAGUGUGUGUGAGUGUGUGCAUGGGGCAGUGAAUUUGUGAGGGUCACUGAGUGUGAGUCUGUAAGCAUGCACAUGGAUCUAUGGAAAGGACAAAGUUUAAUUUAAAAAAAAUUAUAUAUACACAUGUAUAUUGAUAUAUGUGUAUUUCAUUAAGAUUAAAGGGAUCCUAUUUUGCCAGGAAAACAAAGCCAUUUUCCUGGCACUAUAGAUUUCUGAGGUGCCCCCCUCCCUCGGCUCUAAAACCCCUUCAGUCACUUUCCUGAAUCCAGCGCCGAUGUCCCUCGGUGCUUGGUCAGGUUCCGCCCACGCUCCUCCAUCUCUCUCAUCUGCAGCCUUUGCAAGCCCACCUUUGUCCCCCAGCCUAGACUUUCUGCGGCUGUCCAAUCCCUAACGUCCUGAUGCAGCUCAAUGAGAAAUCUUUGCAAGUCAGGUAGGUGCUUUUAACAAUUCCCUACCAUUUGAGUUUAGCUCCAUAGAGAAUGUAACAGGAACAGUUGUCUGACAGUUAGGGGGAGUGUAACAAGGUUUGUUGUAUGAAAGUUUCAGUGUCUAUUAAAACAGUCUUGCAGAAGGCAUUAGUCAUGCAGAAAUUAUCACUCAUGGAUAACUCACCAGUCGUGUCAAAGACGCUAGUCAUGCCAAUGACGCCAGUCAUACAAAACAGCACAGUAUUAAGCAGUUAGUGGUCAAUAGCAUUGAUGAGGAAGUGGUUUCUGAGUCAUUGAGCAGUUGCAAGCAGAUCAGCGGUGGAGCUUCAGCGUCUCUUCAGAUAUUAAACACUGAUUCCAUCAUCCAAGAGAAGACCGGUGAAACAGGGUAUACCGAUGGAUCGUUAACAAAGCUCUUAAGCUGCUGUGACAAUUGUGAAUGUUUUGUUGUGAUUAUUAGAGACAUUAACCACACAGAUAUCAUGUAA